AUGGAUGCCUUUUUGGGAAAUGCUGCAGGUGCCACCCUGCAGGAAAGACUGGAGAGCCUUCGGAACUUAGGAUGGAUAGUAUCGCGUGAAGUUGAGGACAUUCAGCUGAACUAUAGCUUCACGACCGUAGUUCAGGUGAAAGAACUGCACACCACGCACCACGGAACGGUGCAGAUGGUCGAUUUGCGACUGUCCAAUGACAUGGAAAAUGUGCCCCUAUGCCGCCAACCAGUUAAAACUGCAGAGGAGAUGCCCUUCGAUGCCACGAGCUUUGGAAGGAGACUCCGAGUGGGUGAAGUGUAUAUGUUGGUCGGGGCCAAGGUCCUGCUGAACCUCCAGCGGGAGCGCUCCAUGAGAUUUCCCCCUUGUUCUGAAAAGACGGCGUCGAUUCUCCUACCAAGCAAGGAAGAUGCGAUAGUUUCUAUGAUGGAACUGUUCAGUGGUGGCUUCCAGCCGUGGACGGUUGCCAGCACUAUGCUACCCAUGGCCAGUAUGCUUCGGGUUGACAAUGAUGGGAUGGCUAUUGCUUCCAUCCUCCUCAAUGACAAGGAUGCAGUGCUCCACGCCAUGGACGACAGCCAGACGGAUUUCCCCUUGUUUUGGGGAGAGGUGCUAGACCUCCGCUGGACCAAGGCACUACAUGACAAGAAUGUGGAGAUUGCUUGCGCUUCGCCACCGUCUAUGGGCUACCGGGCCACAGGCGAUGGUGCAGGCCUCAAGGAUGGGAAAGCUUCAGUUGGAUGGAUGCAACUCUUUGUGGUGGCCAGGCUCACCCAGAGGAGAGCCUUUAUCAUCGAAGCAUUGCCUGCCCUUGCUACCCAUGAAGACCUCGAGCUCAUCAUCCGGAUUAUGAGGUGGGCUGGUUACACUACAAUAUGGCAUGGCUUUCUGGAUGCUCAAAAACUUGUACCAGUGGAAAGAAAGCGAUUCUUCAUGGUAUGCUGGAACACUGCAGAUGGAGCUUCACUUUGCAAGCCCUUCCACCUUAUGAACCUGGGACCAAGAGAACCAAAGCAGUGCCAUGAAGCCCUGUGGCACGGCAUGCCGGGAGAGACCUUAUCCACGGUCAAACUUCGACCGGUUGACAUCAGCAAAGUCACCAGCCGGGAGCUCUUGCCGAAGUACCAGCAGAACAUCCCAGGAUCACCCCUGCACAUACGGAUCGUGGACCAGGCCAAGCCGAUGCCACCACUACUGGGAAACUACAGAGCGAUCCUCAACACACCGUGGGUGACCCUCAAGAAGAAGGGCCUGCAUCUCCCCCUGGUUUUCCAAGGAGCCGACAUCAGGAUGCUGUCCAGAUGGGAACUGCUCAAAGCAUUUGGCCUCUCAGGCAAGACAAUCAUGCCAGACAAUGAGGACGAUGCCCACAUCCUCCUGGGACAGGCCCUUACACCUGCCCAAGCUAUGGUCAUGCUGGCCUCUGUGAUCGGCCACCGUGCUGAAAACACACUGGACAAUGAAGAUAUGAUCAGGUAUCUGGAUCAGGGGCUUCAGGAGUUGAUGCAGACAUGGAUUCCCUUUGCAAGAUCGAAGACAAUUUUCAUGUCGGGGUGGUCUAUGCUGAUACGAUGGGAUGUGGAGACACCAGCCGACCAUGCAUUUCUGGAAGACCGCCUCAGGGCAAGCCACACCCAGCUCAAGCACCUCAUGUUUGGCAAAUCACAGGGAAGACAGGGACCACUCCUACCAGAAUCCUCCCGGGUGCUCUACAAUGACCUGCCUGAAGACAAGACGGAGCCAGACCCCAAGGAGUACAGGCUUUUCCAAGUCGACCAUGGAUACUCGACAAUCAUCCUGGAUGAGGAAGACUCCGUGACACAGGUCAAUGCCAAGAUUGCCGAGUUCAUGCUUCUCCCCACGGACAAGGUGGCAGUGACCAAGAUGGCCCAGCCAAGCCAUGAGACACAGCAUUGGAUUGUUGCAGGAGAGAUCUUGGAAGCUUAUUGGGACAAAGUCUUAGUCCUGGUUGACCCUGCAGUGCCUACUGCACACUGGCUGUCGAGCCAGAUUGACAAGAAGGACCUGCACACAACCUUUGCGGACCACCACACCUCCCUGCCGGACUUUGUUACACUCAACGAUCAAGAGGUAUACCAUUGGCCCAUUUCAUUGGUGUCAGGAGACUUCCUACGACUUCGAUGGGAUGGCUAUUCGGCAGAUGAGUCCUGGAAAGAGCUUGAUGUUUUCAAGAAGAUCGACAACCAAAGCCACAAGCCGCCGCGGUCGCCGGCAAACGAGGAGGCUGAGAGCAGCCCAGGUGGCCCCACAGAGGACCCCGAUGCGGAUGGAGACCACCCGACCGGGACAGGAAACACAGGGAACACGGAGGACGACAACUCAGAUGACGAUGGACAAGAACGAGACUCCAUCCCGCCUACUGUCCCCUAUGAGGUCAGCUUCUCCGCGGGGACAACGGACCAUGACUCCAGACCAGAUGGCUCAGCUACCAAGAGGAGAUGCACCCAGGAAUCCAGAGAUCUGAACCGCCUCUGCCAGACAGAGGGACCGGCGCUCACGAUCAACUAUGCUUCCCUACCAAGCCAGCCAUCCAUGGUGAAUGCCAUCUACAUGUCCUUCCAACAUCAGCUGGCAUGCUUCCGGAACAGUGAUGCCAGAACUUUGGGACGAAUCGCUGAGGAUGAGUGGGGUGUCCAAGCCCACAUGAUCUACUUCACCCUCGGCACCAAGGUCCUCAGCCAUGACACUGGAUGCAGCCAAGUUCCUAUUGGAGCCACGGUCAUCGUCCGAGGCCGUCUCCGAGGAGGUACAGGUCAGGCAGUACAAAAGCUUCGAACGAUGCUUUCUUCCAAAGGUGUGCCGGACGAGAACCUCGACAGCAGAAUUCAAGAAAUCCGCAGCCACAUCGGAGACGCCGGCAUCAAAGAAGCGUACAGCUCCUGGGACCCAUGGUCGCAUUUGAAGGCCAAGGUCCCUACUCGCCUCAUCAAAGAGGCAGAAGUGAAGGCCAAACCAAAGGCCAAACCUAUUCAGCCUGAUGACCAAGUUGAUCCUAUGCAAGCAAACGACCCGUGGCGACAAGCACUUCGUGAGCGUGGGAUGUGGAAGCUAGAGACCUCCUUCUUCAAGAUGGAAGAUGGCACAGCGCCACCAUCACUUGACAAAGUGACCCACGGUGCCAGAGGCAUAGCGAUCGUGAAUGAGCGCGAAGCGGAGCUUUUGACACAAAGCCAAGAAGUGAUGAGCAGUCACGAGCUUGCUGCCCUGGUGGUUGGAUCCAGUAUCCAAAACCCGGGCUGUUUCAACAUCAAGGACGUGGAGACCCCGUGCAGAAGCAAGGACAACGACAGGAUUUUGGUUAAAGCCCAGCUCCUCAACCUAGGUGCCAAACAAAUCUCCCUCCAGGAUGAAGGAAAAGUUCUCACAGUGGAUGAGAUCGAUGCUGUUGUGGUUGCCUGUGAAGCAGUACAUGAUGAGAUGGAGGACUGGGAAGCCUUUCAGGAAGGACCAAUCAAGUACCUCAAAAAGCAUGUCCAAUGCCUGGAACAGGGGCUUAUUGGUACAUGGGCUCGCAAGUUCUUUCUCAAGAACAAGCAGACCCCAGACGGCAAGGCGGCACACACCUGUUACUUCCUCAUGAGAAUCAAGAGGGAAAUGGUCGAGGCCCUGCUCAAGAUGGUGAUCCCUGGUGUCUAUUUCUCUCCAAGGAACGAUGCUGGAGCUCUGGACCCUGACUUCAAGGUCAUCUGGUUCAAUGACCUCCCUCUGCAAGAAAUCGCCCUCAAGGCGAACAUGGAGCAGCAAGCCUUUGGCAUUGUCAGGAACAAGGGAGGCCAUGGAAUCCGAGUCAGAUCCAAUGACUACACGAAGCUCAAGCAGAAGUGGCAGCCAACUUGGAAACCCAUGGAGAACACCCCCUACAACCUACAGGUCAAGAUGUACUACGAACUACAGAAUAUGCCUUUGUGCUGUACCAAGGCCGAGGUGCAGAAGUUCCUGAACCAGAUCAACUGGGAAGCCUUGGCUCUCAAACAGACGAAGCCGAGAACCUGGCUGAUUGGUACAGCGACCAAGCCAGAAAAACUGGUUCAUCUGGCAGCACAUGGGACAGUACUGGUGGCAGAAAAGACAAACAAAGGCAUGGGCAAAGGCAAGACAGAGGGCAAGAGUGCCUCCAAAGGCAGGCCUUGGUGGGUUGCUGGAGCAUCGACUACACCUACCGACUUCCUCCAGAAGCACAACAACCAGGGUCAAAACCAGUUGACAAUGGACGUCGAUGCCACGGACCUUGAAGAUAGAAUCCAGAAGAAGAUGGACCAGAUGCACCAGGAGUCCAUGGCCACUACCAAGCUCCUACGACAGGACUUUAUGAAUUUCAAGAAGGAGGUCAUCACGCAGCAAAAGGAGCAGCAAGGGAUCAACGAGAGGGUCCAAGGAAGCAUCCAGUCCCUGACGACCUCCCUCUCCCAGGAACUCACGCAGUGCAUUACAACGGCUAUGGCAGCCCAGCGAAGCGAGAUGGCCAAUGACAUGAAGACGGCUCAGAUCAACCUGAAGGAUGAGCUCAUGGGCGAAAUGAGAACCCAAAUGGGAGCUAUGAGAAAGCGUACGCCCUCUCCAAAGACCAAGGAGGAGGAGGCGAAGAAGCCCAAGCAGCCAUGGUACAUGGCCACCAGAGUGGGAGAAGCGAGCAACCCUGGACCGUCGAUGACUACCACUUUCUCGGCUGUCAAUGCCCAAUCAUUGAAUGCUUUUGUGGAAGAUGGCAGGGUGACCUCCAAUCAUGCAGAUGUUUUGGUUUUUACAGAGACUGCAGCGACCACCUACGUCCAGCAGAAGACCCUCAAGGCUGUGAGGAAAGCUGGCCGCCAUGCAGUUUUCAGCAAACCGGCAGGUAAAAGAGUCUUCACUGACCAUCGGGAAUGUGUCACCAAGGGAGAGGCGAAAGGUGCGGCUGUGGUUUCCACAGUACCGCUUCGCGCCAGCUUUUCCAAAUGGCCUGACAAUAUUUGGGAAUCAGCCAGAGUGGCUGACACCUUUCUGGUGCUUGGUGGCAGCCUUGUUCUUGUGAUUGCUCUUUACGGAUACCACCAGGGACUUCAGGACGCGGCAGCCAAAAACGAGGAACUUCUUCGAGCUGCUGCCCACAAAGCAUCCCUGGUCAGAUGCCCUGCUCUUAUCAUGGGUGACCUCAACUGUGAUAUUGAUACAAUGGUGGCUUGGGAUGCUAUGAAGCAAGCUGGCUGGACAGAUGCAGCUGCCCUCCAAAGUCAACGGGAUGGUAUGCCAAUGCAGAACACUUUUCAGGAAACUUCGAGAUUGGACUACGUGCUCCUCAACGACCUCGCGCUUCCAGCUUUCAAGUUUUUCGGUGUCUCUGCAGAGGCAGAGAGUGACCACAAGGCAGUACAUGCGACCUUUCAGUGGGACAACAUACCGCAAUAUAUUCACACCUGCAGAAGCCCCAAGGAUUCGUCUUCUUCUGGCCUCACUGCCACUGAAUUACAGGAAGCCUAUGUUCCGGCCAAGCACAUCGACAAGAUUCACCGAGCACUGUUGCAGGAAGAUGUGGAAGAGGCGUGGAUCUCCUUCAGCAAGGCCUUUGAGGACGCGGUCUCCUUUUCAGUGGAAAGCAAAGGGCACAGCAAACCUGGGAAGAACUUCUAUGGUCGGGGAAGAGCGGUCUUCCUUAAGCAGAAGAUGUGCCAGGAUCCACCCAAGAUGGCAAGGCAGGGGGAAUUCCAACCUUCGGGUGACGACUCCACCCUGCAGCUACGACAAAGGAUCCGACAGAUCAGACGUUUUCAGGCUUUCCUGGGACAAGUGGGUGCAGCCAGUAGGGCUGCCGACCAAGAAGCAAAACAAAGGGCGACACUUGCCUCCAGACAGACCUGGACCGCCAUUUGCAAUGCGGCGGGCUUUUCGCCAUGCUUUCGUGAAUGGUGGUAUGCAGAGCAUGAACAAUGGUUCCCACAAGGACCCCCAGAGUCUCACGUGGCACGAUUUAUGCUUGAGGCACUCAAAAGUGAUGAGCCACAUUGGAGGAGCAAACUCCGUCAUGAACGUAAUUCCUUACUUUCGUCGGUUUUCAGUGAGGACUGGAAAGUUGGAGGGCCCAAGCAUUACAGUGCUAUCAAGCCGGCAGGAGCACCCAAAGUGGAUUCGCUCAAUGUGGUAUCUGACCACAGGAUCCUUACCCGGCGAUCGCGCCAAAAAGGAUCACAGAUAUGCACCUUAUUGGAUGAUGACCUUCAGAUGGUGAUGGUGGGUUCCAUUUGGAAACAGGGAAAAGCAGAAGCUCAGGUACAGUGUAUCCGAAAUGGGAGUGUCCACAUCAGCAACACCAAAGGAUGCUUUAUUUCGGGAAGUAUUUCGCAGUUCCGACCGACGGCACACCCUCAACAGAUCCUCAAUGCAGCCUGUGAUUAUUGGAGUGCUUAUUGGAAGCCAGACAACCCGGUGGAUGCAAGUGACCUUGAAGUACAACAGGCGAUUCAAACUUUGCCACAACUUCCUGAACUGGAUAUUUCCAUGAAUCAAGACGACUUGGAAUGGGCACUAAAAACUUUAUGCCCCAAGAAAGCCCGAGGCAUGGAUGGUUUUUCCAACUAUGAGAUGAAGAAUCUGCCCCGAACAUUGAGACCCUACCUGUUGCGAAUCAUGGCCCUAUUCAAUAAAGGUCUCUGGCCAAAGAAUGUUCGACAAGCCCGGAUGGCCCUACUGUAUAAGACGCAGACCAUUGGAGACAUGGCCACAACCCGGCCUAUUACAAUCUUGGCCACAGUUUACAGAAUUUGGGCGAAGAUUAUUACCAGAAAGAUGCUCAAACACAUUGUCCCCUCCCUGCCAAAAACUUUGUUUGGAUCGGUGCCGGGGAGAGCUGCAAGCGAUAUGGUUUCGGUGGUGCAAGGACAACUGGAACAGGCGCUGUUACAAGACAAACCAUUGGCAGGAAUCUCCCUUGAUUUCUCGAAGGCAUACAACACUCUGCCGCGACAGAUCCUUGAGCAUAUCAAUCGGCGAUUGGGUCUUCAACAGAUGUGGCAGUCAUACAAUCCCUUUUUACAGGGGCUGGAAAGAUUUUUCACUACAGGAAAAGCUUGGGGUGAGCCCAUUUUUUCAUCAACUGGUGUACCAGAGGGAUGUCCAAUUGCAGUGGUACAAAUGAUUGUCCUCACUUGGACCUUUACCAACUACUUAUGUCACCAGACGCAAGUCCCCCUUUACACUUACGUGGAUGAUUGGAUUCUCCUCUCGGAACACCUGCACCAGCUUCGGGACUCAAUGAUCAUCAUGGAAAGGAUGGCGAAGAAGUUUGGGCUCCUACUGUCUACAAGUAAAUCUGCGGUGUUUGCAACUUCCAACAAACUUACCAGACAAUUACACGGAUUGAUGGCAAACUCGGGAGUUAAUAUGGCAUCGUCUCGGAACUUUGCUGGUCUGGGCGUCAACUUUCAAACAGCCAAGCAGGCCUCUGUGGUCACCAGAAAUGAAAGAUGGGAGCGUGCCAGAGUCCUUUUGGAAAAACUUCAAUAUAUGCCAUGGUCUCAACAGCGCAAGACGGAUGUCAUCCUCCGUGGUAUUAUGCCAUUGAUCUUUUAUGGAGUGGAGAACUUCUUUCUUGGAAAAGACUACCUCAGAGAUAUCAGAUCUAAGUGCAACCACACAGUGUGGGGAAAGAAACAGUACCAUCUGCACUACCUGACGCCCCUCUUUUCAGGAUCCAACUACGAGCCCAUGAUAUAUGUGGCAAAAAGGAGGUUCGCCCUGUUUCUUCGGGCGAUGGCUUUGGAGCAGGACAUGAUCAAGAACAAUUGGAAACUUUCGAUUCAGUCACGAUCCUUCUUCAAGAAACGGACGAAGGGACCUGUGUCGAUUCUCCAGAAUCAGUUGCAUACAAUGGGAUGGGAAUUACAAGACAAUGGAACCUGUACGACCACGUCAGGGUUUACUUUCACUAUUUGGGAUAUUUCUGCGGCCCAGUUUCAGGAUGUAUUUAUUGCCUCUUGGGAGGACUCCCUUUUGCAACAGCUCAACCAGAAGAUGAACUUGAGUGACCUUGACUCUUUUUCCUUGGAGAGAACUCAAGCGAUCAAACAUGAGGAUCCAAUGAUACAAGGUUUCCUGAAGAAAGUGCGCCUUGGAGGUUUGUUUCCGAAUAACCGUAAGUGCCAUGUUACCAAGGAUGAAGCGACAUGCCAUUUCUGUGGAAGCUUGGAUACAAUGGAACAUCGGGUAUAUUCCUGCCCGGGUACGGAACAUAUCCGACAAAUGGAAGAAUGGAAUCAGGUAUCCAUGCAGCCCAAAUAUGCUGUCCUUGGUGGGUUGUCGCCGAAAUUGCCUUUGCUCCAGAAAUACAAAGAUGAACUUGAUGCUUUGCCGGCCCCAGAAGUUGGUGUUCCAGAUGACAUGCAAGAUGGAUGUGAUUUCUUCACGGAUGGGUCAGCCACUGAGUCCUCGUGCCAGCUUACAAGGUUAUGUUCCUGGUCGGUCACACAGGCGAAACCUUUUACCAAAGAAAACCGUUUGAUAGCUGCAGGUGUCCUGCCGGGCCGUCUCCAAACAGUCUUUCGGGCGGAGCUUUUUGCGGUUGUGGUGGUGCUGGCUACAAAGGUCAAAGCAAGAAUCUUCUGCGACAACGCUGCUGUUGUUAAGGAUAUUAUACAUAUUCAGCAAUGGGGCUAUCAGCCUCUUAAGUGGGCCUCACAUGCGGACAAGGACCUACUGAAGACAGCAGCAACCCUCUUGUCGGGGAGAUCAGCACAGGAUGUUUCCAUACAGUGGGUCAAAGCGCACAGACAGGUCUAUGAAGCUUGCAAUGCCUUUGAUCUUUGGUGUAUUUACCACAACAAUAUUGCAGAUGAACAAGCCCGCAAAGCUAUGUCUCUCUGCCCCCAAACAACCCUGGACUGUCGUAACAAUCUUCGAUGUGAGCUGCAACAAGAUCGACAAGCCAAAAUUUCUGCUGCAAACAUACUACGUCUGGUGAUGGAUGAGUUCUAG